UGUAGCCGGGGUAACCCGACCCAGCACUGCGGGCCAUGGCCUCCGGGGCCGGCGGGAGCUGGGGUCGCACCACGGCACCGGGUGCUGCCCCGACGCCCUGGGUGACCGUCGUGCAGCCCCCGCCGUGGGCCGCCCCGCCGCAGCCGCCGCAGCCGGGCCGCGUGAAGGAAGGGCUGCUGGAGCUGCUGCUGUUGCAGAACGCGCAGGUGCACCAGCUGCUGCUCUGCCGCCUGGCCGAGGGGGCGCUGGACUCCGCGCCCGCCUCACCCGGCCCCGCAGGAGCCCGUCUGUCUCCCCUCCCUGGUGUGCACACUCCCCAGGGCUUCCCAGAGGCUCAGCAGGGAGAGCUGGAGGAGGAGGAACUGGGCGCCCAAGACCAAAGGCCUCUGGUGUUCCACCACCACUACCUGCCCUGCCCACUGCCCUCCCUGGGCCCCCUGCCAGCCUGGCCGGCCCCUCUCCUGCCCCCUCCGCCACAUCAGCACCACUGGCAGGAUGCACCCAGGAUUCAGCACCGUCCUCCUGCCUCCAGGAAGAGGGAGGGGAGAGCCGUGCCUCCACCCCCGCCCCCCAGUGCCACAGGGACUGUGGGCGCAGAUGUACCUCCAGCUUCAGACUACUACGAUGCUGAGAGCCUACUCUGAGGAGCGAGACACCCAGGGCCUCGCCUGUGUCGUCCUGCUGCCCCUUGUCGCCUGCUGACUGCACCCAUGGCUGGCCGCCCUCCCUACCUCUCCGCCCCUGCCAGGCCUCUGCUCCUGCUGGCUCAGGCCCCCACCCCACUGAGUUCUGCAGGAGCUCCCUAGAGCCCCGUGCAGGGCCUGGAAACCACGGAUGCCCAACUCCGCCCACUGCUGCCCGCCUGACCAGGAGAGGCCUGGGCACCAGAGCUUCGGCCCUUCCCCCAGUCCCCAGCCUGGGAUGACAGGAGCUCGGGCCGGGAUGUCUCCUUUUGGCCCAAGGAUGGAGUCAGGGCUGCUUCUGUUACCCUGGGUCUCUGAGGACCCCCACAGGAGACAGAUGGGCCCAGGGUGAGGGAAAGGCCGAACUGGGAUGAGCCCUGAAGCUGAGCCAGUUCCCUUGGGGCCCCUCAGUGCAGGAAGCAGUCUUGGUUGGCUAAAAGGAGAGUCGGAGCCGGGUCCUUCUCCCACUAGAAGUGGCUGAGGUCUGCAGACCACGUGGGAACACAGUGCCCCCUCUGCCCCACUGGGCUUGGGGUUUCUCCACCCUCCCCAAGUAGGAAUUGGCCAGAUAGCAUGUGUG